UGUUAAUCCUUAAAAUGUGUAAUUGGUCACUACAUUAAUACUGUGGUACUGUAACUAGUAGGUUAUGUCUACGUCCAUCAUGUCUAACGUUGAAGCUUUAUCCACAGCUCCUUUUGAUGCCCGCUUUCCAAAUCAAAACCAAACCAGGAACUGUUGGCAGAAUUUUGUGGAUUUUUACCGAUGUCGCAAGGUGAAGGGAGACGAUUAUGAACCUUGCAAUUACUUCAAGAAGGUCUACCAGUCUCUUUGUCCUAACAGUUGGGUGGAAAAGUGGCAAGAACAGAUAGAGGAGGGGAAAUUUGCAGGAAAGAUUUGAAGUAUAUUUUAGCAAAAGUUAAAAGAUCGUAGCUAAUCAAGAUACAGUGACACGAAUUCAGUUAAUACAUUAAUGGAAUUUCAUUAUAAUUUAUAGAAAAAUAGUUGGAGAGCUACAAUAUAAAAUAGAAAUUAAAAACAUAAAGAAUGUAACUGUAAGACAAAUUGUAAAAGAAAACUGUUCCUAAAAAUAAAGGUGUAUGAACACAA